UUUUUUUUCUACCUCUAUGGUCUGAUCGGUUGCCAAGGUUAAAUCCGUACGUCACUUCUCCCCCUGUGAAGUCUCGCGAUGUUUCCCCCCUGAAAAAUUUGCUUGUUCACUGAAAGUGACGUCACGUCGGCCCGUGUGGCCAGCGGAACAGGAUAGACCCGACCAAUCGAGGCGACUAUCACAUCGAUGUCGACUUUCACGAAACCGAGGUGAAAUGAGCAGAUCGAGCGGCGGCACCCGCACGGCCGCCCGCCUACUGGUCGCCCUCACACCCGGCCGGCCUCCCGGAGUCUUCUCAGCGCCCUGGAAGCGGGCUUUCGGGUGAGAUGCUUUUAUCUCUGUGAGGUAUUCUCUCUGUAUGAAGAAAGGUUGUGUCUAUGGCCUCAGACCUAGACGCCACAGAAGAUGGCUAUUCUACAGAACUCGCAAAGCCUCUUUAUCUCCAGUAUUUGGAGCGAGCUCUGCGACUCGACCAGUUCCUCCGGCAGACGUCGGCCAUAUUCAACCGAAACCUUUCCAGUGACGACAGUGAAGACGGUUUGGAUGAAUCGUCGCAUCUUACAGAGUCCGAGGAUCCUUCCCUGCAGGUGAAGGAGGAGCCGGUGUCCCCACUGCUAGGAGAUCUAUCCAGGGAAGGGAUCUCUGGGGUCUUUCCUGUUAGCUCUCACAAUGGAGUCCUCCAACCAGAGAUUAAAACAGAACGGGGAAGUCUGUACAAUUUUUCGAAACUGAAGAAAAACCGCAAGUGGCUGAAGAACAUCCUCCUGAACGACGACACCAGCGACUCCGACUCUCAGAGCGAUGAAGACGACGAGUGUUCUCUCUCUAAAGAUGAGCUCUAUGAUAUGCUCAGGAUGCACAAGUACAAGAAGCUUCACCAGAACAAAUAUCACAAGGAUAAAGAGCUGCAGCAGUAUCAGUUUUACGGCGCGGGACUCCUUUCUACCCACGAUCAAUUCCAUGAGCACCGUCAUCUUAAUGGGCCGAAAAAGAGGAAAAUUAAAGAAGAAAAGAAAUUUAGAGCCAAGUUAAAAAAGGUGAAGAAGAAAAGGAGACACGAAGAGGACCUGUCGGACGAUGAGAUGCCGCAUCGACAUCACCACGCUAAAGUGUUCGCAAAGUUCUCCCAAGACACUCCCACUCCAAUCGCAAAAAAGAAGCAUAUGACCAUCGAGCAGCUGAACGCCCGCCGCCGGAAAGUGUGGUUGACUAUCGUGAAGAAAGAAUUGCCAAAGGCCUACAAGCAAAAGGCUUCAGCCCGGAACCUACUGUUAACAAACAGCAAAAAGCUCGCUCAUCAGUGCAUGCGGGAGGUGCGGCGCGCUGCAAUCCAGGCGCAGAAAAAUUGCAAGGAAACCCUUCCGCGAGCACGCAAGCUCACCAAGGAAAUGUCCUUGUAUUGGAAGAAAUAUGAUAAAGUGGAGAAAGAGCAUCGGAAACGGGCAGAAAAAGAGGCGUUAGAACAAAGGAAACUGGACGAAGAGAUGAGAGAGGCAAAGAGACAGCAGCGGAAGUUAAACUUUUUGAUCACGCAAACCGAGCUCUACGCGCACUUUGUGAGUCGUAAAAGGGAAACCGGGCCGGAUAGUGUCCAAGAGGAGAUUCUGCGCAAACUAGAAGACUCUUCCCCUCAGCAACAAACUGGAGGCGCGUCUUUCGGUCUGCUCCAAGAAGAUUAUGACAGUGACUAUUUUAAGUCCCAGGCUCUGAAAAAUGCAGAGGAAGCUUUUAGGAUUCACCAGGCGCAGAAAAGAUCCUUCGAUGAAGAUGCCAGAGAAAGCAGAUUAGCUGCAUCACGGGCGGCCAACAAAUCUGAAUGCGGCUUUGGAGAAAGUUACAGUUUGGCUAAUCCCUCCAUACGAGCAGGAGAGAAUAUCCCGCAGCCCACCAUAUUCAGCGGGAAACUCAAAGGCUACCAGCUGAAGGGCAUGAACUGGCUGGCCAACCUUUAUGAACAGGGUAUUAAUGGGAUCCUAGCUGAUGAAAUGGGCUUGGGGAAGACUGUGCAGAGCAUUGCUCUUCUAGCACAUCUUGCAGAGCGGGAGAAUAUCUGGGGGCCAUUUCUCAUUAUUUCACCUGCCUCAACAUUGAACAACUGGCAUCAGGAGUUUUCAAGAUUUGUGCCGAGGUUCAAGGUGCUGCCUUACUGGGGCAAUCCACACGAAAGGAAAGUGAUACGGAAGUUUUGGGGUCAGAAAACGCUGUACACACAAGAAGCCCCGUUCCACGUGGUAAUCACCAGCUACCAGCUCGUCGUGCAGGACGUGAAAUACUUCCAGCGGGUGAAGUGGCAGUACAUGGUGCUGGACGAGGCCCAGGCCUUGAAGAGCAGCUCUAGUGUCCGGUGGAAGAUAUUGCUGCAGUUUCAGUGCCGCAAUCGGCUACUUCUAACUGGCACCCCCAUCCAGAAUACAAUGGCCGAGCUGUGGGCCCUGCUGCAUUUCAUCAUGCCGACAUUGUUCGAUUCUCACGAUGAAUUCAACGAGUGGUUUUCAAAGGAUAUAGAAAGCCAUGCGGAGAACAAGUCUGCCAUCGAUGAGAACCAGCUGUCUCGGUUACAUAUGAUCCUCAAACCUUUUAUGCUCAGGAGAAUCAAGAAGGAUGUAGAGAAUGAAUUGUCGGAUAAGAUUGAAAUCCUGAUGUACUGCAAUCUGACCAGCCGGCAGAAGUUGUUGUAUCAAGCCUUGAAGAAUAAAAUCUCCAUUGAUGACCUCCUCCAGUCCUCCAUGGGCACCACCCAGCAGGCACAGAACACCACCAGCAGUCUCAUGAACCUGGUUAUGCAAUUCAGGAAGGUCUGCAAUCACUCAGAACUAUUUGAACGUCAAGAGACUUGGUCUCCCUUCCACUCAGCGCUGCGGCCGUAUCAGAUAUCAAAAUUUCUCUACCGGCGGCUCAACAUAGAAUUCAUCAAAUGCUCCCGAAACAGGUGGUUCCGGAAUCUUCUUUCGCCGUUUGCUCCACAUCACAUUCAGCAAUCGUUGUUCCAUCGGAAAAGGUCAGAUGAAGAAAGCUGCUUCUCUUUCCUCCGUUUCGUUAAUAUCUCUCCGGCAGAGAUGGGCCACCUCAUGCGUCAUGGGCACCAGGCCAGGUGGUUAGCACUUUUCAUGUCCCUGAAGGAAGCUUACAGGCUCCAUCACGCUCGCUUUUGGCAGCAGAAUGGAACGUCCGUUACGUCUGCGACUCCGACCAACAGGGACUUCAUCCUCUGGGUGGAUUUUCCGCUCUCCUUUCCCCAGAUCCGUACGUCUCCUGCACUGCAGAACAUGGUUUUUACCUGCCGUUGCGAUCCAGUCUAUGGGUUUACAGACCACGUGAUAACGCAACAAAAUGCCGGUCAGGAGCUCGUGCUUCCCUGCCAGGUCACGGAGCUGCCGCCAUUCCUGAGCGUCUUCUCGCCUUUGGUAACGUCGGCCCCGAUAGACACCUACUGCAGUGAUCGCAGCGCCGAAUAUGAGCGACAGAUGUUGAAAAACGGCGGGAACCCCGAGGUCACCAGGCUGCUCGUCUUCGGGGCCCCAGGUCAUCGGGCCGACAGGCUCUCGAGGAACUUGCAGUUUUUCCCUGAGGCUCCCUGUGGUCUUUUGGCGUGCCGGCCGUGCCAUGGGUGGUCGUACAUCAGGAUCCCAGACAAGGAGAGCCUCAUCACGGACAGCGGGAAGUUAUACGCCCUGGACCUGCUGCUCACGCGGCUCAAGUCACAGGGACACAGAGUUCUUAUUUACUCUCAGAUGACUCGGAUGAUAGACUUGCUGGAGGAAUACAUGGUAUACAGGAAGCACACAUACAUGCGGUUAGACGGGUCUUCCAAGAUUUCUGAGCGACGGGAUAUGGUGGCCGACUUUCAGAGCAGAACGGACAUCUUUGUGUUCCUGUUGAGCACUAGAGCUGGGGGUCUGGGGAUUAACCUCACCGCUGCCGACACGGUUAUUUUCUACGAUAGUGACUGGAAUCCAACUGUGGAUCAGCAGGCCAUGGACCGAGCUCACCGUCUGGGUCAGACCAAACAAGUCACGGUUUACAGACUGAUUUGUAAGGGUACCAUAGAAGAACGUAUACUGCAGAGGGCGAAAGAGAAGAGCGAGAUCCAGCGAGUCGUGAUCUCCGGUGGAAACUUUAAACCGGACACGCUGAAACCCAAAGAAGUGGUCAGCCUGCUCCUGGACGACGAGGAAUUGGAGAAGAAAUUACGGCAGAGGCAAGAGGAGAAACGACAGCAAGAAGAGACAAACAAAGUGAAAGAGCGCAAGAGAAAAAGGGAAAAAUAUGCAGAAAAGAAAAAGAAAGAUGAUGAUAUUGAUGGGAAGAAGAAAAAGGACGGUCUAAACCUGGUGAUCCCGUUCGUCCUCUCGGCAGAUAACUCUAACCUGUCCGCCGACGGAGACGACUCCUUUAUCAGCAUGGACUCCGCCAUGCCCAGUCCUUUCAGCGAAAUCUCCAUCAGCAGUGAACUCCACACCGGAUCCAUCGCCAUGGAUGAGAGCAGCAACGACAUGUUGGUCAUAGUAGAUGAUCCUUCCUCUUCAGCCCAGCAGUCCAGAGGAACCACCUCCCCCGCGUCCGUCACCGGGUCCGCGUCAGACACGCUGAACGGAAUUUUCAAUCAGGAAACCUCAACCAGCAGUCGAGGAGCAAAUGCGAAUCGCAACCGCGCACGUACAAAAACCGGCGGUAAUGGAACCAAGGGGGGAAAAUCUCGGAGCCGGAAGUCCACUGCAGGUAGCGCAGCAGCGAUGGCAGGAGCAAUGGCCGGGGCGGCAGCAGCAUUCGCAGCUUAUGGAUACAAUGUAUCAAAAGGUCUCCCGCCAAACAGCAACCUUCAAGCUCCUCUAUUACGGACUUACGGAGUUUCCGAUUUUGGCCAUUUGAACUCUUCCUCCCCCAUCAACUCUCCCCCAAGCAAAGGAAGCAGCAGCACCCCCGGUACAUCAAAAGUCAGCACCCCCCAUAGCACGACGCAGGACGCUUCAUCACGGCGACACAGCAAAACCACUGGAAACCUAGGGGGGGUGUAAUACUGAAGCUUUUUCACUUAGAAAGGUCUUAUACACAGCCAAAGAUUUGCAGAAGGACGCGUUGUAGAAACGCGCGAGAUUCUCCCAUGUCUCCCAGCUUGCUGUCGCGUAAUCUCCUUUUAAUCUCGAUCCUUCGAUUGAACCAGUUUACAGUUUCCUCCUAUAAUACCGCCAGAAUAAUAGCGUCUUUUUUUGUCAAUCUGUGUACAUAAAAUGCAAUAAUUCGCCGUCACAACCUUCCUUCCGAUCCACGAUCGUCUUACUAUUCUGCAAGAAACAGAUGUAGAGAGAAAAAAAAAUAUUCUGCAUUUUUUUAAUGUAUUUUUUAGCUCCAUUUUGAUGAAUUUAACCUACAGAAUAUCCAUAAACGUGCCAGUAGCUUCCGGGGAAAGUUUUGAUUCAGGAAUAUCGGAUUAAUUUUUACAAACGUCGGUCGUCUCGCGGUAAAGGCUACAUUGCUUCUCACGAUAAAGGACAUGAAACAGUUGUGCGCAGAGGAUCGCUGAGCGCGCGGAGCCGUCAUCGACGCCUACUACCUCCUUUUUGCGUAGCGUAUGCUGGAGAAGAAUCUGUAGAUCGGGGCUGAGGCCUGUAGUCACCUUGCCACAAGAAGGGCUUGCAAAAAAAAAAAAUGAAAAAAAAAAGGGGUACCCGCUGAACCCUGCGAUGAUUUGCACUCUUAUAUUUUGGUCAGUUUUUGCCGCAUAAUCAUAGCGUGUAAAUAAGAGAAUAGCAGGAAACUGAUGCAAAAAAAGUUAUUUUUCUUCUCUUCUUUACAACGUGUUGUCUAUUUUUAUAUCUGAAUUUGUACAUAUGUAUAAAAAAAAAAAUUGUUUUACUAACGGAGGAUAAAAAGAAGGAAAAAAAUCUCUGAAUAAAUCAAAUGCAAUUUUU